AUGGCGUCGUUCAUUGAACCAUCCUUGCUUGAAGGAGAGCAUUUUUCAGAGGCAAUCCGUAUUGUAUGCUGUUUUUUUCAAGUGGAAAGUCUUCACCGAGAGCAAAUAGAGGCACUCAAAGCGUUCUUCCUCGGAAAGAAUAUAUUCUUUAGUGCUGGCACAGGUUACGGUAUUAAAUCUUUAGUGUUUCAAGCGGUUCCUCUCCUUGCUGAUCUCCUCGACGAACAAGUCGUUGGAAGCAGCAUUGCGAUUAUCAUAUGUCCUUUGGUGUCUCUCAUGCUCGAUCAAGUCGCGUAUUUGAAGUCGUUAGGACUGAAUGCUGCUGAU